ACUGUUCUAUGGCGUUUUUACCACAACAAGCUCCCUUGUCGCGCUCGUCUUCACCAAUUUAUCUCGGACAGCUACCCCUCCGACUCAUGCAUUUUCUGCGACCAACGUGAUACUGAUCAACACUUUAUUUGGAACUGUCCAAAGAAACGCUCAGUCUGGGACCAAGUUGCCACCGUCUUUCUU